AUGAGGGAGGCUGCGACACAAGUCUACUCUCGAAGCCCCCCACGCCUGCCGAUGCCAUCCGCAUGCUCCGUGCCAUCCUGGCGCUGGCGCUGUUGCCCAUCAGCCACCGGUGUCAGCUCUUGGUCGCCAUUCGGCUUUGGAGCCGAGGGCGUUGCAGAGGCGCUCCUCGACGGCCGAGUGGCGCCGGGCGCGGAUCAGGGUGGUGCCGGCGAUGGCGUAGAGUUCCUUUUGGCCAACAAGCUCUUUCUGCAGAGGGGUUUGAGGUGGCGAAGGACUUCAGGAUGGCUGCCUCUGAGUGGCUGUGCCAGUGGCCUUGAGGAAGUGGAUUUUGCAGGAUAUCCGAUGGGUCCAGGAGGCUGA